CGCCUUCAUUAAGGCCUCUUCGACGUGGGACCUGGUCGGCUUUAACUCGGUUGAAACCAGAAUUUUUGUUUUGCGAAGUUAGCGCUUAUUUCACUAAAAAUGUCGGUAGAAUUUGAACUAGCGCCGGGCCGCAUGGUGGGAGGAGACCACCCUUGCUUUGUGGUGGCCGAGAUUGGACAGAAUCAUCAGGGGGACAUCAACAUCGCCAAAGAGAUGAUUAAGAAAGCCAAGGAGGCUGGUGCAGAUGCGGCAAAGUUCCAGAAGAGUGAGCUGACGAGGCGGUUCAACCGAGCAGCCCUGGCUCGGCCUUACACCAGCCCCAACGCCUGGGGGCCGACUUACGGCGAACACAAACAGCACCUGGAGUUCAGCCACGAUCAGUACAAGGAGCUCCAGGCUUACGCCAAACAGCAAGGCAUCUACUUCUUCGCCUCGGCGAUGGAUGAGAAAGCUGCAGACUUCCUGGCGGAUGAGCUGGAUGUUCCGUUCAUCAAAGUCGCUUCAGCUGACGCCAACAACCUGCCUUACCUGAAGCACACUGCGAGCAAAGGAAAGCCGAUGAUCCUGUCGUCCGGUAUGCAGUCCAUGGGUAUCAUGGAGCGGGCUGUGGGCACUGUGACAGAGAACAUGCCGGGCGAGAAGCGCCUUGUCGUCAUGCAGUGUACCAGCACAUACCCCCUCCCUCCAGCCGACGUACAUCUGAGGUGUAUUAAUCUUUUCAAGGAGAAGUUUCCCCACGCCAUCAUUGGUUACUCUGGGCACGAGUCAGGUAUUGCCAUCUCCCUGGCAGCUGUCAGUCUGGGUGCCAAGGUCGUGGAGCGUCACGUGACUCUGGACAAGUCCUGGAAGGGCUCUGACCAUGCGGCGUCCCUGACGUUUGAUGAGCUGAAGGAUCUUUGUGACAACAUCCGGAUUGUGGAGACGGCUCUGGGCAAACCUAUCAAGGAACCGCGCCCCAGUGAGCAGGGACUCUUUAAGAAGCUGGGUAAGAGUGUGGUGGCAGCCUGCGCCAUUCCAGCCGGGACCAAACUGACUAUCGACCACCUGAGCGUGAAGGCAGCCGAACCGUUCGGCAUCCCGCCAGACCAGAUCUACGAGCUGGUUGGUCAGACGGUUACCAAGGCGAUCGAAGAGGACGCGACCAUUCCGAAAGAGGCUCUGGCAGCUUAGGAGACAAGCACUCAAGCUGUGUGCACUCUCAUAUAAAACUGCAACAGAAAUAGAUGCGUGAUUAUUGGGGACUGAAUAGGAGACAUAUGACAAAUUGCUUUGCUGUACAUUGUUGUGCAUUAAAUAUGGAAAUGAUGUAUCGCUGACAAACUUUUUCUGGAAACACUUUGUAGAUAUUCAUGACCUGUAAACUACAAGAUCACUGUUUUGGGAUGAUAACUAUAGUGUAGAAAUGCAUAUUGUCCUCUGCACACUUAGAAAGAUGACGUCAUACAUUCUUGAUGUGACGUCAGCAUUCUAGGUGUCUUCUGGACUGUUAAUUCUUGCAAUGAGAACACGGCAUUACAUGUGCCUUCUUAAAGCCACUACAUGUAUAAUGUAUUAUCACAUGGAAACAGACCUUUGUAUUCUAAGACCUACAGAUGAUAACUACAUUUGAUAGAAGCCUGCAAAAUAAAUACUAAAACAAUA